AUGGCGGGUCCGUCCUGCCCCAAUCCUUCCUGCUCGAAUCCAUCCGUCGAGGACAUCGAUGACAAAAGAAUAUGUACAAGCUGUGGUACCGUCGUCACCGAGUCUUUCAUAGUCUCGGAAAUCACAUUCGGUGAAACCUCAUCCGGUGCUGCCGUCGUCCAAGGUUCCUAUGUUGGAGCCGACCAGAAGCAUGCUCGAUCCUCAGGUCCAUUCCGUCGUCAUGGUGCUGCUGAAACACGAGAGCAGGUCAUCUCAAAUGGUCGUCGGAAACUGAAUCAGCUAGCGUCGGCCUUAAGCGUCCAUGACCGAUUUGUUGAAACCGCUGCAAGAUAUUUUACUCUCGCCGUCACCCAUAACUUUAUCCAAGGACGAAAGACCCAACACGUCGUCGCAUGUUGUUUAUACAUUGCCUGUCGUUUAGACAAAAGUGCACACAUGCUUAUCGACUUUUCGGACAUCCUGCAGCUCAAUGUUUUCUCCUUGGGAAGCACGUACCUUAAAUUAGUCAAAACACUCAAUCUUAACAUCCCUCAACUAGACCCGGAGUUGUGGAUUCGUCGUUUCGCCAGACACCUUGAGUUCGGCGAUAAAACCCAGCAGGUAUGCCGAGACGCUAUCAAAAUCGUCCAGCGUAUGGACCGAGAUUGGAUCAUGGAAGGCCGUAGACCAGCUGGUGUCUGCGGAGCCGCCAUCAUUAUCGCCGCUCGUAUGAACAACUUUCGAAGAACAGUUACCGAAGUCGUCUACAUUGUCAAAGUUGCCGGCAUGACCAUCAACAAACGUUUAGAAGAGUUCAAAAACACAAAGAGCAGUGAAUUAACCGUCAGCGAGUUCCGUAAUAUGUGGUUAGAACAGUACCAUGACCCCCCGAGUUUUGGAGAGAAUAAGACAAAGAAGAGAAGGAGAAGAUGGGUAAAGAGUGUCAACGAAGACGGUGAAGUCAUUGAAAACGAGGUGGACGAGUCCGCUAGUGCACCUAUUGUCGACCUUACAGCGGGCAAUUUUCUGGGUCCAGAUGGUCGACUUAUUGGACCAGGCACAGCGGCCAAUGCUGCAAAUGAAAAGGCACAGAAAGCCUUUGGCGACGGGUCGGCUCGUAAACGCCCUCGUGUUGACGCCGAUGGCUUCGCCAUACCCGCUAUUCCGACUACAUCUAGUCCUUCUCCAUACCAAGAAGUCACCACGGUUCCUGCCCCACCACGCCCGACAUCUCCUCCUUCCGCGCCAACCAUCUCACCUGGAAGCACACCCCACGGCGAAUCUCCAGGCUCGCCGGUGGACAAAGAACCGAAUGAAGGGCCCAAGAGCCCACUUGAGGCCGAGAUUCUAGCGUUGAUCAACAAUCCGGAAACGCAAACGGCAGUCGAAGAUAUUCGACGUGAACGAUUACGCCAACAAGCAUUACUCCCACCUUCCACCGUCUCCGCCGACCCCGAUAACCUUGAAGAUGUUGAUGAUGAUGAAAUCGAAUCAGUCAUGAUGAGCCCAGAGGAGGUAGCCCUAAAGACCAAAAUUUGGUAUGAAUACAACAGGGAAUAUCUUCUCACUCAAGAGGCAAAGAGGCUCAAAGCCGAGGCGGAUGAAAAGGCAGGCAUUGGAAAGAAGGCACGAAAGAAGCGAGGGAAAGCGAAACCAAGAGAUAGCAGUUUUCCAGAUAUGCCUGCGAGUCCAGCGGAGGCAGCGAGGGAAAUGAUGAAAAAGAAAACAUUUUCCAGGAAAAUCAAUUAUGCGGCGCUGGAUAGUUUGUUUGAGGACAUCAAGACACCAUAG